AUGAAGAAAAGUGACGGCCCAUCUCCUCCCCUACAUGUGCUCUCUCCUCCACAGUUCACGGUGUGCCUGCGGUGCAAGGGGCAGACGAUUUACCAGCAGGUCUUGUCCGUGGAGAGACCCAGCAGGCUGCAGGGCUGGAACUGGGGCUACUGCGGCCACUACGCCUUUUACCAUGCGCUGUACCCCCGUGCCUGGCUGGUGUACGAGCUGCCGGGGCAGAAGGUGGUGUUGACUUGCCGGCAGCUCUCUCCGGUCAUCCCCCAUGACUAUCAGGUGAGGCGGGGCCGGCUUUCCCAGCAUUUCCCGGUGUCUGCGCUCAGCCGCGCUCCCAGGCGGGGGAAGCGGCGCAGCCGUGCGUGCGGGAGCUCGGCAUUGCAGCAAGGGAUGGCUCGGCGCUGCCACACUGCCCGUGCUGGCUGCCAGCCCCAGGCGAGGGUGGCAGCUGUGCUGCUGACACGUCUGACCUUCCUCUUACCCCGGCGCAGCACGGACAGGAGCGGUGGGCACUGGAACGAGCCCUUCACCUUCCAGAAGGAUGGCGAGCGGGUGGCUGGAGUCCUGCUGCACCACUGCCCAGCUGUGAACUCCUUCACUCUGGCCAUUUCUGCCCGGGAGAAGGCUGGCACGGGAGUCACCCAUGUCACGGCAUUCAAUCCCAUGGGAUUGGGCAGAGAGGUGUGGCAGGACCUCCUGCAGGAUGGCAGGCUGGAUUCACCCACCGGUGAGUCCCUCCAUCCUGCGUGGGAUGGGAGUGGGGGGAGCAGGGGAAAUGGGUGGCCGUGCUGGUUCUGGGCACCCAAUUCUGCCCUAACACACUAUGAGUCAGGGGACAGGAAGAUCGAAGCGUGGCAGAAUCCCAUCCUGGAGAACAGCCAGCUGCCUUCCUGGUACAAGUCAGCCCUCUUCAAUGAGCUCUACUUCAUGACGGAUGGCGGCACCAUCUGGAUGGAGGUGUCCCCUGACUGCUGUGCCGAGGACCUGCAGGGGCCGGCGGGGGCGGGACUGUCUCACCUCCUCCCUGUCCUGCGGGAAUACGGAAGGUUUGCUUAUUUGGAAGGCCAGGAGUACCGCAUGUACAACACCUACGAUGUCCAUUUCUACGCCUCCUUCGCUCUCAUCAUGCUGUGGCCCAAGCUGCAGAUCAGCCUGCAGUACGACAUUGCUGUCACUGUGGUGAAUGAGGAUGUCCAGCCCCGACAGUACCUGAUGUGUGGUCAGACAGCCCAGGUGAAGAUGAAGAAUGUGGUGCCACAUGACAUUGGAGACCCAGGUGAUGAGCCAUGGCAGCGUGUCAAUGCCUACCUGAUGCACGACACUGCUGACUGGAAGGACCUCAACCUGAAGUUUGUGCUGCAGGUGUACCGUGACUACUACCUGACACAUGACUCCCUGUACCUGCAGGACAUGUGGCCAGUGUGCCAGGCUGUGAUGGAGUCAGAGCUGAAGUUUGACACGGAUAACGAUGGGCUCAUUGAAAACGGUGGCUUUGCUGACCAGACAUACGACGCGUGGGUGGUGCAUGGAGCCAGUGCCUACUGCGGUGGACUGUGGCUGGCUGCUGUCUGCAUGAUGUGCAAGAUGGCAGAAGUGCUCGGGGAUACUGAGAUCCAGCAGAAAUACCUGGACAUCCUGAACAAGGGCAAGGAGGCCUUUGAGAGGAUGCUCUGGAAUGGAAAAUACUACAACUAUGAUAGCAGUGGAAGUGACACGUCCAGCAGCAUCAUGUCAGACCAGUGUGCUGGGCAGUGGUUUCUUGGAGUUUGUGGUCUGGACCAUGAGGUUUUCCCCAAGAGUCACGUUCUCAGCGCUCUCAAGACCAUCUUUGAGAAGAACGUGCUGAGCUUUGCGGGUGGCACCAUGGGGGCAGUGAACGGCAUGAGACCCGACGGCGUGCCCGACACCUCCAGCGUGCAGUCCAGCGAGGUGUGGGUCGGCGUGGUCUACUCCCUGGCCGCCACCAUGAUCCAGGAGGGCAUGGUGGAGGAAGGCUUCCGUACGGCGGAGGGCUGCUACAGGACGGUUUGGGAACGGCUGGGCAUGGCUUUCCAGACACCCGAGGCCUAUCGGGAGAAGAAGGUGUACCGCUCGCUGGCCUACAUGCGGCCCCUCAGCAUCUGGAGCAUGCAGCUGGCCCUGGAGCGCCGGGCUGGCCAGGCACCAGCACCCGCACAGCUCCUCCAGGGCCCCACGCACCCCUGAGCCUCGGCACUGGGCAGGGCACUGGGUGCACCAGGGGCUGGGGGGGCUGCAGAUGGCAGGCAGGGACCCUCCCCUCCCGCUCUGUGCUAGUACUCACAUUGCUGUUUUCCUUCCCUACCUCCACUACGUGCCCUUGACCUCAGGGGGCUUCCAGCCACUGAUGCUGAGCACAAAGGGGGACCAGAGGUGUGGGGGAUGUCUCCUCAGAGCGUGGUGGGUUGAGGAGUUGCUGCUGGAGCCUGUGCCUCCCCUUCCCCAUCGCUCAGGGCUCUGAUAGCCUGCAGGUUCCCCAGCCAGCCCAAACUGCAGCUGGUGCCUUGUCCAGGGGCACAGGAGACCUCUCUCCUGCAGUCAUUGGGCUGGGUGAGGUGGGGACCUGUCCUGCAGGGAAAAAAAGGCUGUGGGUGAAUGUGUGUGUGAGGACAUUGGAGUGGUGCACUCAGGCACGUGGAUGCUGUAGUUGUCCUGGGGUGACACUGCACGUACUGACUGGCUCUGCCCCAGGGGGGCCUGUGGCAGAUACAAUCCCCAGGGGAGACCCGGCUCCCUGGACAGUGACAAUCUGAGCCCAAGAAGCAGGUCCUGGUCUGGUACCAUGGCCCCCUCCCUGCUGGCGCCGGGGGCAGGCAGUGGAGCACAUUUAAGGGGAUAAAUCACUUCAGUUCUUAAUAAAGCUGUCCAGCUGUCUA